AUGCCUUCGCUGUAUGACAUCGAGACCAGUGUUGCCGCCAGCCCAUACUCCAUCGCAGCUCGUCAACCCGAGCUCGCGGUCGAAGAUCGUCCUUACAGCAAGAGCUAUGGUGAGCAACUGGUUCCUGGCUCUUACUUCAUAGCUGCCGAUGAUGUCGCUCGCGGCUACGAUGUGACUCAAGAUGAGAUUCACACCACCCCUCUGUGGUCCGCAGUCUCAUCUCGCACUACCACCACGACCGAGCAAUCUGGUGAGCCCUCAAUUCGCAGUCCACACUUAGUCCCUACCAAUGAAGUCGCUCCUGGCUACGAUGUGGAUCAUCAAGAGCGUCGCACCUCCCCUCUAUGGCCCGUCGUCAACUCUCGCACCACCACCACUAAGCGAUCGAGGGAGCCUUUGGUCCGCAGUCCGUACUUCGCUCCUACCGGUGAAGAUAACACCGAACCCGAGAGUGGCGACGAGCCGGAGGUUGUGAGGGAACAUGGGGAUCAGAAUGAGGAUGAUGACGAGAUCAACACACUCACGGCUGAAACGGAGGCCAGAUAUGUGGUCUCUGCAGCAUUUCUUUCGGACCGGGAGCGUGGCGAUGUCUACAUUGUCACCGCCGUUCACAAUUAG